AUGGUCUUUGCGAAGUUGACUUAUCUCUUUUUCUAUCUACGCAUUUUCGUGAGCAGGGAGUUUCGAAUUGCCUCGUGGGUGUGCAUGGGCUGUGCUUGUGCAUAUUGGGUUGGGAGUGUGCUUCAGGUGUUUUUGAUCUGCUCGCCUUUUGAGAAGAAUUGGAAUCCAACUCUUCCUGGCCAUUGUGCAAACCAGAAUGUGGCAUUCUCAACAAUUGGAGCUUUAAAUCUAUUCACUGAUGUCAUGAUCAUUCUGUUACCGAUACGCUUUAUCUGGAAAUUACAAAUGUCUCUCGGCACCAAGAUGGCAUUAUAUGGUAUCUUUGGAUUAGGAGCAUUGUACGUCUCUCUCUCUCUCUCUCUCUCUCUCUCUCUCUUCUUCUAUGUUGAUUUCGCAGAUCUCCCCUACUCCAUGAUCUGGGCUGCCUUCUGGAGCGUCACCGAGCCCGCCAUUGCAAUUGCAAAUGCCUGCGCACCCAUGCUUCUCUUUGGAAGCGUCAAGGUUGGGUACUCCACGCAGCCUGCGAGUGGUCCCAUCCUGAGCAAGGACAAUACCUUCAAACAGAUCAAUGAGAUGGAUAGCGAGUUUCCACUCACGCGGAUUAAGCACAGAACUGGGUCAGCGUAUGAAGUAUCGUUAAACGAUCAAUCGCAGGAUGGUCGCUCCCAGGAUGUAACAUAUCAUACCCCGAGGAGUGUGGUUGGAGAUAUAAAAGGCCAUUUAUGA